AUGGCCAACCACUUUGAUCAUCGUAAACACAACAAAACUCCAAUGGCGAUCACAGUUUAUUACACAGCAAUACUUCUUGCGUUCCUCUCUUUUCUUUUCAAGUUGCAUUGGAGUUGCAACAGGAACUCUCCCAUCAGAAACUGGCCUGUAAUCGGGAUGGUGCCGGGGCUUCUUCACAACGCAAGGCGUAUUCAUGAAUACGCCACCCAAGGCUUGAGGCAAUCUGGGUGGACAUUUAACGUCAAAGGACCAUGGUUCGCCAAUAUGGACUUCGUCAUCACCAGUGACCCAAUGAACGUUCACCAUAUCUGCAGCAAAAACUUCGCUAACUAUCCCAAGGGUCCUGAGUUCAGGGAGAUUUUCGAAGCCUUGGGAAAUGGAGGGAAGUUUUUGCAGGCAAAUCGUGCCAGUGAGUUAUUGGAAGCUAAAAAAUGGCUUCAAAUUGGAGAAGAGAAGAAGUUUAGUAGAGCUUGGAGAGUUUUGGAUACAUACUUGUAUGGGUGCAUUUCGCUGAAGAAAGAAAUAUUGAACCGGAGAAAAGCCAAGAAGGAGGAGGAAGAGUUUGAUUUAUUGACAGCCUUUAUGAAAGAAGCAGAAGAAGUGAUACAAGAUGGAUUAAACAGCGGAAAUUGUUUGAGAAUAACUGAUGAAUUUUUAAGAGACGUAGCAUUUAAUCUGAUAGGAGCUGGACGAGACACCGUAAGUUCACGCCUCACUUGGUUUUUCUGGCUUGUUGCCAGACACCCGUCAGUCGAAUCAAGAAUCCUUGAAGAAAUAAAAGCGAAUGUAGGAAAAGAUGGGGAAGAAGAGAGAAUUUGGGGAAAAAAUGAGUUGAACAAAUUUGUUUAUCUGCAUGCAGCAGCGUGCGAAACAUUGAGACUCUACCCACCGGUACCAAUCAAUCACAAAACUGCAGCCCAAUCGGACACUCUUCCAAGCGGUCAUCGUGUGAAUCGAAGCGAAAGGAUAUUGCUUUCAUAUUACUCAAUGGCAAGGAUGGAAGAAAGAUGGGGCAAAGAUUGUUCAGAAUUCAAGCCAGAAAGGUGGAUUUCAAAGAGAGAAGAUGAAGAUCAAUGUAUUGUUCACAUACCGUCUUACAAGUUCACGGCGUUUCACGCUGGACCAAGAAAUUGUUUGGGAAAGGAACAAAGUUUCAUUCAAAUAAAAAUGGUUGCGAUUGUGAUAAUCAAGAAUUACCAUGUACGAAUUGUGGAAGGUCAUCCUGUUUCACCAAGUGAUUCGAUUGUUCUUCAUAUGAAGCAUGGACUAAAGGUUCGGAUCUCCAAGAGACAAAGCAAAUAUUAA